CGUGUUUUUCUUCUUCUUUUCUCUUUUUCUUUUGUGAGUGGACAUUGUGCUCGUCUCUUCCCUCUGCUUUCAUGCCUCUUUCCCCGAUGCUUCCUUGCAUUUUCCUGACCUUCAAUCUUAGCCGUCCAGUAGAUCCUGUAGCCAAUAAGAUAUUAUAUUUUCACUGUUCUCCCCACAUGGGAACUUUUGCUUUUGUUGACUGAAACAUUUGAGGACCUUGACUAUGCGUAUUUCGAAUUAUUCAUCUGCGCUGCAACACACAAACCACUGCCCAGAAAAAAUAAUUGAUAACUUCUUCUGCUCAAGUCGGAUCGGAAGGCCAACUUGUGCAUAAUUUGUUGCUGGUCUGAUCUGAACCGAUAGCUCCUCCAGUAUCAAUUAAUGGAUGCCAGGAAAGCCCAUAAAGCAUCCUCUUCAUCCUCAACAUCCACCUCCUCAUCAAAACGUUUGAAGUACGACGUGUUCUUGAGCUUCAGAGGUGAAGACACACGCAAGGGCUUCACAGGCCACCUCCACGCCGCAUUAUCUGAUGCCGGAAUCAGCACCUUUCUUGACGACAACGAGCUAGAAAGAGCGGAAUUUAUAAAAACCCAACUGGAGCAGGCAAUCGACAAGUCCAUUAUCUCCAUAAUUGUCUUCUCUAAGAGUUAUGCCGAUUCCAGUUGGUGUCUUGACGAGCUGGUGAAGAUCAUGGAGUGUAGAGAAAGAUUGGGGAAACAUGUUAUUCCAUUGUUCUACAGUGUUGAUGCUUCAGAUGUCCGGAACCAAAAAGGUAGUUUUGCACAAGCAUUUGAGAAACAUGAAGGUAAACAUGAGAAAGAAAAGGUACAGCGAUGGAAAAAGGCUCUCACUCAAGUUGCAGAUUUGUGUGGGGAAGAUCUUAAAAAUGCUGACAAUGGGCAUGAAGCAAAGUUUAUCAACAAAAUUCUUGGGGUGGUUAAUAAGCUGUUGGACAUCAAAUCCCAAUUAGACAUCAAACACCCUGUUGGAAUUACUUCUCGGGUGAAGGCUUUGAGUAAUCACUUACAGAUUGAAAAUUCAGGUUCUCAUCAGGAUGAUGUUCGCAUGAUCGGUAUUUGGGGGAUGGGCGGCAUUGGGAAAACAACGCUUGCCAAAGCCAUUUAUAACGAAUUUGAACGUAGCUUUGAAGGUAGGAGUUUCCUUGAAAACGUGAGGGAAGUAUUUGCAAACCAACGCAGUAAUGGUCUGGUUGGUUUGCAAGAACAACUUCUAAAUGAUAUCUUGAAAAGCGAGGACCUCAUAAAGGUUGGCUCUGUUGCUAACGGAAUCGAUAUGAUAAGAAGAAGACUUCCCUGUAAAAGAGCACUUGUCAUAAUUGACGAUGCAGAUGAUCUACACCAACUAGAAGCAAUAGCUGGAGCUCGUGAUUGGUUUGGCCCUGGAAGUAGAAUUCUUAUAACAACAAGAAAUCAACAUUUGCUACAGCAAGUUGGAGUGGAUGGCACAUAUAUCGCUGAAAAAAUGGAUGAGGAAGAAGCUCUAGAGUUCUUUAGUUGGCAGGCCUUCAAAAGAUGUUAUCCUGAAUACCUUGACCUCUCAAAACGAGUAAUUCGUUACUGUCAAGGCUUGCCACUAGCACUUCGAGUUGUUGGGUCUUUUCUGUUUAAUAGAUCCAUAGCGGAGUGGGAAAGCCAUUUGGAGAAAUUGCAAACAAGUCUUGAUGGAGAUAUUCAAAAAAUACUCAGAAUAAGCUUUGACGGGCUACCUGAUGAUACAACGAGAAAGAUAUUCCUUGAUAUAUCUUGUUUCUUUAUUGGAGAUGACAAGGACUAUGUAACAAAAAUAUUAGAUGGAUGUGGCUUUUAUGCAACGAUAGGAAUCAGUGUCCUCAUCGAACGGUGCCUUGUAACUCUUAGUAAGUAUAACAAGCUGGGGAUGCAUGAUUUGCUUCGAGACAUGGGAAGAAAGAUCGUUUAUGAAAAUGUCGAUGGCCGCCCAGAAAAAUGUAGUAGAUUGUGGAAACAUGAAGACGUAACAAAUGUACUGAACGAUGAAUCUGGAACUAAAAAAAUUGAAGGAGUUGCUCUACAUGGCUCUUACGGGACUAGAUUCAGUGCACAAGCAUUUACCAACAUGAAAAAACUGAGGUUACUCCACCUCAGCGGAGUAGAGCUCACUGGAGAGUACAAAGAUUUUCCCAAAACGUUAAUAUGGUUGUGCUGGCAUCGAUUCCCUUUAGAGUCCAUACCAGAUGACUUUCCUAUGCAACCAAAACUAGUUGCUUUAGACCUGCAGCGGAGCGCACUCAAAAUAGUUUGGAAGGAUUGGAAGUUGCAUCAGAAUUUGAAAAUUCUUAAUCUCAGUCAUUCCCGUUGGCUAACAAAAUCACCAGACUUUUCAAAACUCCCAAAUCUCGAGGAAUUGAUAUUGGAAGAAUGUACGAGUUUGUCUGGGGUUCACUCAUCCAUCGGGGAUCUUGGAAGACUUUCUUUGGUAAAUCUUCAAGGCUGCAGAAUGCUAAAGGAUCUCCCACUGAAUUUCUAUAAAUCCAAGUCUAUUGAAACUCUUCUACUUAAUUGGGGUUUAAGUUUUGAAAAGUUUGCUGAGGGCUUAGGGGACAUGGUAUCAUUGACAACUCUGAAAGCGGAUCCUUCAUUGCAUAGUUUAAGCUCUUUAAGAGAAUUAGCUCUUGCAAAGUGUAGUUUAACUAAUGAUGCAGUCCCCAAGGAUCUCGGUAGCCUAAUUUCCUUAGAAAGGUUAGAUCUUGCAGGCAAUUACUUUUGCAGCCUACCAAGCCUCAGUCGUCUUUCAAAGCUUCAAGAUUUGUCUUUACAUAUGUGCGAAAAUCUUCGUGCAAUCCCAGAUUUACCAACAAAUUUGAAAGUCUUACGAGCAGAUGGCUGCAUUGCAUUGGAAAAAAUGCCAGAUUUUUCAGAAAUGUCAAAUAUAAGAGAAUUGUAUCUACGUGAAUCAGGCAAAUUCACUGAGAUUCCAGGCCUGUAUAAGUCAUUAAACUCCAUGACAAGGAUUCAUAUGGAGAAGUGCACUAAACUCACUGCCGAUUUUAGGAAGAGCAUCCUACAGGGAUGGACUUCUUGCGGAUAUGGUGGCAUUUUUCUCAGCGUAAAUGAUUUUCCUGAUUGGUUCGACUGUGUCCAUGACGACGAUAUUGUGUAUUUCACUGUGCCUCGAAGUGUUGGUCGUAAUUUUAAAGGGUUGACUUUGUUCUUCGUUUCCUCUCCAGGCUUUUUUAUCAUUAGCAUUAAAAACUUGACCAAGGGUGCUGAGCUUGAAGCCAGGAUCAUACCCGAUUGUCGAACUAUGGGUUAUUAUCUUUGGCAGGGACAGUUAUCAAAUGACGAGCUCAAAUUGCAAGACGGUGAUAAAGUCUUGAUUGAAAUAAUACCCAAACAGGAUUGGGUGAAGGUGAAGAAAACAGGUGUUAGUCUGGUAUGGGACAAAUUUAUGAACGAAAAUAUGAUUGAUUACCAUCUUUGUCGAUAUGAACGACGCCCAUCUCAAAAUCUGGUCAAUGAUGAUGACAUCAUUCAUGUCGAAGAUGAUAAUCACAUAACAAAAUCACCAGACUUUUCAAAAUUCCCAAAUCUCGAGAAGUUGAUAUUGAAAGGUUGUAAGAAGUUGAUUAAGGUUCACUCAUACAUCGGGGAUCUUGGAAGACUUUCUUUGGUAAAUCUUGAAGACUGCGAAAUGCUAAGGGAUCUCCCACUGAAUUUCUAUAAAUCCAAGUCUAUUGAAACUCUUAUACUGAAUGGUUGUUCAAGAUUUGAAAAGUUGGCUGAUGGCUUAGGGGACAUGGUAUCAUUGACAAUUUUGAAAGCAGAUAACACAGCCAUCAGAAAAAUUCCAAGUCUCGCUGUUCUUUCAAAGCUCAAGGUCUUGUGUUUAAAUGCAUGCAGAGAACUUCAUGCAAUCCUAGAUUUACCAACGAAUUUGUAUGUUCUGAAAGCAAAUGGCUGCCCAAAAUUGGAAACAAUUCCAGAUUUUUCAAAAAUGUGGAAUAUGAGAGAAUUGUAUCUCUGUGAUUCGUUCAAACUCACUGAGGUUCCAGGCUUGGAUAAGUCAUUAAACUCCAUGACAAGGAUUCAUAUGGAAGGCUGCACCAAUCUGACUGCCGAUUUUAGGAACAACAUCCAACAGAGAUGGACUUCUUGCGGAUUUGGUGGAAUUUAUUUGAAUGGAAUUUAUGAUAUUCCUGAGUGGUUCAAAAUCGUCAAUGAUGCGGACAAUAUCGUCUUCUUUGAAGUUCCUCAAAGAAUCAUGGGUCGUGAUUUAAAAGGGUUGACUAUAUGCUUCGUUUACUCUUAUUUUGGUUUUGGCCCAAAACAUGAAGAUUCUGAAGGUCCUGUUGGCAUAAUCGUUAGAAAUCUUACCAAACAAACUACUUUGCACGCCAAUAUAGUGUUUGCCAGAUACGGAAGAUCAGGACCGGAUUUGCUUAUUCGGAGACUAUUGCCAACCAGACUUAAAGACCGUUAUCUUUGGCAGGGACAAUUGUCAAACGAUGUGAUCUGUUUGGAAGGUGGUGACCACGUAUCGAUUCUUGUAAGGCCUCAUGAUGUGGAUUUUGUGAGAGUGAAGAAGACGGGGGUUCAUUUAGAAUGGGACAAAGUCAUGAAGGAAAAUAUGGAUAAUCUGGAUCCUCAUUUGUAUGAUUGGAAAACGAAUCGGGAUUUUUGAUGGGGAGUUGAUGAAUCCAUUUCAAGAAAUUGUUGUCACUGAGACAAAGGGUAACCAUACUGAGCAAGCAGAGAUUGUACUACAACACUAUUACACUUUAUACAGCUGUCUAACUAAUUCAAAUA